UUCGCUCCAUUACCUUUUUGCUUGGCGGGAAAUCCAGAAAAGCCAGAACGAAGCCAGAAGCUUGGCGGACAGAGAGAUGGCGGAAGAACAGCAACAAGAGACGGGUCUCGAACAGGUGGAGGAGGACUACGCCGUAUGGAAGAAGAACACGCCUUUCCUUUACGAUCUGGUCAUCUCCCACCCUCUCGAAUGGCCGUCUCUCACCGUCCACUGGGUUCCACUUCAGGCCCCGCUGCCGUACCCCUCCAACCCAUCUCUUUCCGUCCACAGACUUGUCCUCGGGACCCAUACAUCCGAAGGUUUCCCCAAUUUUCUCAUGGUCGCCGACGCUCUCCUCCCCAGCAACGAGUCUGAAACCAACACAGAUUGCAAUGCCAAGAAUCCCAUUCUCCCUAAGGUGGAGGUAACACAGAAGAUACGUGUUGAUGGAGAGGUGAAUAGGGCGCGGGGUAUGCCACAGAACCCGGCAAUUGUGGGAGCUAAGACAAGUGGGUCUGAGGUUUAUGUUUUUGAUUGUACGAAACAGUUGGCGAAGGACCAAGGGGGUGAUUGUGAUCCUGAUUUGAGGUUAAGGGGUCAUGAUAUGGAAGGCUAUGGGUUGUCUUGGAGUCCCCUCAAAGAGGGAUUCCUUUUAAGUGGCUCUCAUGACCAUAAGAUAUGUUUGUGGGACGUGUCUGCCAUGGCUCAAGAUAGAGUGCUUGAUGCAUUGCAUGUUUAUGAGGCUCAUGAAAGUGUUGUUGAAGAUGUAUCCUGGCAUUCAAAGAAUGAAAAUUUAUUUGGGUCUGUUGGGGACGAUUGCCGAUUGGUCAUUUGGGACCUGCGCACAAACCAACCCCAACAUUCUGUCAAAGCUCACGAGAAAGAGGUGAACUAUCUUUCAUUCAAUCCAUACAAUGAAUGGAUCUUGGCAACAGCAUCUUCUGAUACCACAAUUGGUCUCUUUGAUACAAGGAAGCUGAGUGUGCCACUGCAUGUCUUAAGCAGUCACUCAGAGGAAGUGUUCCAGGUAGAAUGGGAUCCUAACCAUGAAACUGUAUUGGCAUCAUCUGCUGAUGAUAGGAGGUUGAUGGUUUGGGAUCUAAACAGGAUUGGUGAUGAGCAGUCAGAGGGAGAUGCUGAAGACGGUCCUCCGGAGCUUCUAUUCUCUCACGGGGGUCACAAAGCAAAGAUAUCAGAUUUCUCAUGGAAUAAGUACCAGCCAUGGGUCAUUGCAAGCGUAGGUGAGGACAAUACUGUUCAGGUAUGGCAAAUGGCCGAGAGUAUAUAUCGUGAUGACGAUGACAUGCAACCGACUGAUGAAUAACCACAUACUUGAUCCUUACAUUCGAGGGGAAUCUUUCACUUUGAGCUGUGAGAUUUAGGUAGGAACAAUGUUCAACUUUUUGCUUGAGAUGAUCAUCAGACAUUUUUAAAAAUUAUCUGUAGGUUCUGGUGUCCAUGUAUCGUCAGUUCACACUUUCUAUUUGGAACCAACCAUCUUGGGGGUCCUCCCCUAUCGUUAUAGCUAGUCUAGAUGGUUAUUAAUUCACAUCCACUUGGUGGAGCUUGUGAUGGGUCUGUGCACAUCUACUUGAUGGCGCUUGUGAUGGGUCUGUGCAGUCCCCUAGGCUUCAUUUGUGAUGUAAAAUGGUAUUCUUCUCUCC